AUGUAUGUCCCGAUAUUGAAUGGCAAGGAAAAGGCUCGAGAAUUGAUUGAUGUUGUUCGGGAACAAACUGAUGCGCCUAUAGGAACAUGUAUAAAUACUGUAUCGAUCAUCCUGAGUAGUUUACUGCGAGAUUUGCCAGAUGUAUAUAGUCUUCAUGUUAUAAAAAAUAAUUUGGAAAGAGACGAUAUAAUCGAUGUGGAUAAUUGCUAUGAUGCGAAAGUGUUGAAGCAGCUCACCGCUAGCAUAACAACUUACAUUGAAGAUAAAUGUCAGUUGGACUGGUCUAUUCGGAAUGACGAGGCUAUGUUGGUUAAGUCACUGCGACAGUUUUCUGGAUUUCUGAAAAAAGCUGAUAUCCGAGUAGCUAUGAAACGUUUUCAUCAGGACGAUUAUACCUUCAUUGAGCAGCUAGUUUCACUUUACCAAAUGGAGCUGAAGAAAUCAAUACGCAUCGAGCUGCUUUCGACAUUUCACUCACUUUGUUUGUUGGACCGAUCAGUGAUAAUAAUGCUGCUUUGUGGACAAUUGCCAGUACUGCUCGUGUCACAAAAUAAUUUCUGUUUGCCACUCACCGAACUUGAUAUAUCAACUUUGCAGUUGCUUUCUGUAUUGUUUUCAACUGGCGAAAAAUUCCCAACUUCACAUUAUGAUAAAUGCUCUGAAUUUGGAGUUUUUGACGAAGAUAAUCUCGAUAGUAGAGGAUUUUGCAGAUGCUUUCCAAUUCAUUUUAUCAUUCAAUACUUACGCGCAGUUAAAUUGCUAAUGGAUAUUUUUUGUGUGUCGGAUGACCUCAUUGCGACUCUUUUUUAUGAUAACGACUUGAAAGUUCUUUAUGGGAUACUAUGCCAGGAUUUGAUCGACACAAACCAAUUACAGGCUAUUCAGAAAAUGGCAAUGAUAUUGCAAAUAAUGAAAAAUAUGGAAGUGAUAAGACGAUGCGGAUUCACUCAAGAAGUAUAUGCAUCAGUGAAAACUUUUCUGUUGACUCAUGAAGCAGAACUGGAGUUGAGGCGCUGUGCGGAAUCCAUCCUGCAACAAGUCACCGAGCAACAAACAAAUUUACCUCUUAAAAUGUAA